GUCAUUCAUUUCAUACAAGUCUCCGCGUAAACCAGCUGAUUCGCACAGCGAGGUGUGUGUAGGAUAAGUAAAAGAAUUUUGCAAAGAUGACGACCUCAAGAGAAAUCAGUGAGACGUAGACGGUGUAAAAUAAUCUCUCGAUAUCUUCGUUAUCAGUGUGGGAAAGUUUCCACUCGUGAACGCUAAGUUAGAAAGAAAAAGUUCUAUAGUACAAAACGCCUUGACUUUAUCACUGCGAAAUAAGUUUUCUCUCAAAUUUUCUUGUGAUAAUUAAGUGUUUUAAUUAGCUUUUUUGUUAAGUUUUAGUGCAAAUUUUUAGUGAUUAAAAAAUGCUGAAGAGUUCAAGUAUUAGGAAUAACAGAGCGAGGAAUCCUGUUGAGGAUGCCUCGUUCCUUUCCAAGAGGGCCUUUUGGUGGUUGAAGGAUUUAUACAAAACAGGAAUGAAAAGACCAAUUGAGGAGGAGGAUGUUUAUGAAACACUCCCAGAGCACAAAUGUGAAAAUAUCUCGGAGAAAUUCUCACGGCUUUGGGGUGAGGAGUCCACAGUUAAAUCUCCGAAUUAUUUAAAAAUCCUUGCCCGUGCCUAUGGGAAGCAGGUGAUGGCAUAUGGGCUUCUGUGUUCCUUCACGGAAUCAGGGUUGAGAAUUGUUCAGCCACUCUGUAUGGGCGGAUUAGUUACUUACUUCUCACCUGAACAGGAGGGAAUCUCACGCAAUGAUGCGUACCUCUAUGCAGCUGGAAUAAUUCUGUCCAGUCUUAUUCCUGUUCUAAUGUUUCACGCGUAUAUCCUUUACCUGGAUCAGGUGGGUAUGAAAAUGCGUCUGGGGAGUACAGCGCUGAUCUACAAGAAGAUCCUGCGACUGUCCAAGUGUGCUGCCUUUAGUGGUCUCAAUGGGCAGGUGAUUAAUCUCAUGUCAAACGAUGUUGGGGAGUUUGAUGUGGCUCUCUCGUCAAUUCAUGAUCUCUACAAAGGACCCUUUGAGGUCAUCCUCAUUGGGUACUUUCUGUACAGGGAAAUUGGUGUUGCUGGACUCAUCGGGAUGGCCUUCCUGCUGGCCUUUAUUCCCCUUCAAAUGUGGCUGGCAAAGAUGGCAGCCAAAUUUCGCUUUCUCACUGCCAAGAGGACGGAUAAACGUGUGCGGUUUAUGAAUGAAAUUAUCCACGGGAUUCAGGUGAUAAAGAUGUAUACGUGGGAGAAAUCCUUCUCAGCUCUUGUGGACAAGGUACGCCGGAAAGAGAUUAAUGCAAUCCGUGGGACAUCCUACAUUGAUGCCUCGAAUUAUUCCUUUAUACUCAUCUCCCACUUCUCCCGAUUUAUUGCCCUCAUGACGUACAUAUCCUUUGGGAAUGUCUUCACUGCCAGGAAAGUCUUUGUCGUGUAUUCCUUCUUCAUGUCUCUCAAUGAAUCAAUGGUACACUUCUGGCCACGAGCACUAACAGUAGUGGCUGAGAUGUAUGUUUCCGCGAAGAGAAUCCAAGAAUUUUUGCUCAUUGAUGAGGAUAAAAAGCGACCACCUCCGGAAAAGUCCGGGAGUGUAAAUGAGGAGCUUUGUGUGCCCAAUGGAGGGAUUUCGGGGAAAGAAAUUCACUCCAAAGCACCUGAAAGUCCUGGGAGGAUUGUUAAUGAAUCUUCAAGUGAGAAAAGUGUUCACAUGAGGAAUGUUACAGCCCUUUGGGGAGCUGAGGAUAAUGAAUCCCGCCAAGGAAUUGAUUCUGUGGAUCUCUCUGUGGCUGAUGGUGAGCUUUGUUGUAUUGUUGGACAAGUUGGGGCUGGAAAAUCCACAAUUCUCUACUCAAUUAUUGGGGAAUUGAGCCUCGAUGAGGGUUCAAUUGAAGUCAAUGGAACAAUUAGCUAUGCAGCCCAGGAACCAUGGCUGUUUGAGAGCAGUAUUAAGCAGAAUAUUGUAUUUGUGGAGGAGUACGAUGAGAAGCGAUAUCAUGAAGUUCUCAAGGUUUGUGCACUUGAGAGGGAUCUCGAACUUUGGCCCUAUGGGGAUGCCACUCUUGUAGGGGAGCGUGGGGUGAGUUUAAGUGGUGGCCAGAAGGCACGAGUCAGCUUAGCCAGGGCAAUCUACAGACGAGCUGACAUCUACCUCCUGGAUGAUCCUCUAUCCGCUGUGGAUACCCAAGUAGGGAAGCACAUCUUCGAGCGAUGCAUCCGACGCUUCCUUGCUGACAAAAUCGUAAUCCUCGUGACGCAUCAGCUGCAGUACCUCAAGGAUAUUGGUCAUAUUGUUCUUCUCAGCGGCGGAAGGGUUGAGAUGCAGGGAUCCUACGAUGAGAUACGCAGAAGUAAUCUCGAAAGCUUCCUCGCUCAUUCUCCGGACGAGAGCCAAGAGCCACAAUCACCAACAGGUGAGAGAAAGCUCAACACUUUCCCCUCCCAAAUUGACUAUGAAUCCAAGGAUGACAAUUUACUGGAGGAAGAGAGGGAGGAACAAAUCAUCGGGUCUGUGAAGUGGUCAGUCUACCUGGCUUUCUUCAAAUUCAUCCAGAACAAAUGCAUCAUUGCGGUCACAAUUUGUCUCUUCAUCCUCACCCAGCUUGCCCUCACUGGGACAGAUUACUUCGUAGCUCAGUGGGUGAACUGGGAGGAAUCCUUGAAUCUCCUCAACACAACGGGAUUCAACCUCACAGACACACUCUUUUCCUACUUGGAAUCCCUCGGGAAUGUCACGGAGCUCCUGACAAUCGUCUCACCAGACUACGAAGCCGCAACAAGGAGGCAGUAUCAGAUCAUAUACGGUGUCCUUAUGGGAAUCCUGACGUACCUCGUGAUUCAGAGGAAUUUCAUGUUCUUCAAAAUGUGCCUCAUGGCAUCCAUUAGGCUCCACGAUCGCCUCUUUAGGGGCAUUACGCGGUCAAAAAUGCAUUUCUAUCAUACAAAUUCCUCCGGAAGGAUACUCAAUAGAUUCUCCAAGGAUAUUGGAAAUAUUGACAAGGAUCUCCCGAUUAGUCUCAUUGAUACCAUCAUUUGCUUCCUGGAAAUUAUUGGCAUUGUUGGGAUUGUCCUUGUGGUGGAUUACAGGUUGCUUCUUCCCACCAUUGCAGUUGGAUUGCUCCUUUAUAUCAUCAGGAGGAUAUACAUUACAACAGGAAGGAGCGUUAAGCGAUUAGAGGCAAAUUCUCGAAGUCCCGUCUAUGCGCACAUGAACUUCACCAUUCAGGGACUCUCAACGAUUCGAGCUUUGAAAGCUGAGAAGGUGCUCGAGGGGGAAUUUUACUACCACAAUGACUUUAAUUCCUCCGCUUGGUACAUGUUCCUGGCAUGCUCUCAGUCAUUCACCGUGUGGCUCGACUUGGCUUGUGUUCUCUACAUUGCUUUCGUUGUCCUCAGCUUCCUCAUCCUUGAUAGUGAUGUUAUGGGUGGAAAUGUUGGCCUGGCAAUUACGCAGGUUGUGAAUCUCAUAGGGACAUGCAUGUGGGGGAUGCAGCAAACAGCUGAACUUGAGAAUCAAAUGAUUUCCGUUGAGCGGGUGAUUCAGUAUUCAAAAUUGCCCUCUGAACCUUCCCUGGAGACAGAACCGAAGAAUAAACCGAUAAAAGAGUGGCCAAGUGAGGGAGUUGUUGAGUUUAAGGAUCUAUCGCUCAAGUAUUCAGAUGAUGGGGAGACAAUCCUCAAGGAUUUGAACUUUUCAAUCAAAGCUGGGGAAAAAAUAGGAAUUGUUGGAAGAACAGGAGCAGGAAAGUCCUCAAUGAUCCAGGCGUUGUUCCGCUUGGCUCCGAUUGAAGGAAAAAUUGAAAUUGAUGGCAUUGAUACGCAAAUAUUGGGCUUGCAUGAUCUCCGUAGCAAAAUCUCCAUUAUUCCACAGGAUCCAAUCCUUUUCUCAGGAUCUCUACGUUCCAAUCUUGACCCAUUCGGGGAGCGCAAAGAUGCAGAGAUUUGGAACGCCCUCGAGGGGGUUGAGUUGAAGGAAGUUGUAGCCGGUCUAGCGGGUGGGAUUGAUUCAAAAAUGGGAGAUGGAGGAUCAAACUUCAGUAUGGGACAGAGGCAACUUGUCUGCCUGGCAAGAGCCAUUCUCCGGGACAAUCGCAUCCUCGUUCUCGAUGAGGCAACAGCAAAUGUUGAUCCUGAAACCGAUCGACUCAUCCAGACGACGAUUAGAACGCGUUUUGCUCACUGCACGGUACUCACGAUUGCCCACAGGCUGCACACAGUCAUGGAUAGUGAUCGUGUGUUGGUGGUGGAUGCAGGACGUGUUGUGGAGUUUGGAGCUCCUCAUGAGCUUUUAAAGAAUGAAGAAGGACACUUAAGAUCACUUGUGGAUCAAACAGGAGCUGCCACGGCUAACCUUCUAGCUCAGGUGGCUGAAGAGGCUUUCCUAAAGGGACAGAAGGAGAAAUCUGAAUAAAAGGCACCGGUAAGCCCACCAAAGAUCAAAAGAAUUUAAAGAACAAAUUGUACCACCAUUUUUGCAUAUCUUGAAUAAAAUGAUUCUCAUUUUUUUUAAGUAUGUAAA